AUGAUCGCCGAUUGGAUCGGCGGGGCCAGGGAGGCGGUGCGCUUCGAAGAUGACAAUGUCUCGGCAAUCGCCAUUCCGUUCCGGCCAGACCCCUCAUGUCCCCUCGCCGUUCUCACGGCUACGAUAGUCACCGCGGGGGAAUCACUGAGGCAAACACGCGCCCACUGCGACGUACUCAUCAUGUUUACGAUGUACCACACGCGACACGUCGUCACUCUCCCGUCGGCCCUCGUAUGA